UAGACUUUUUAGUCCCUGUGUAAUAAGAAUUGAAAUUAAUAUUAGCUCCUCACCAAUUUAAAAUGGAUGAUCAGCAGUGCCCUCUUUUGGAAUUUGAUCAUAGUCAAGAAUUAUCAUAUUUUAUCAAUCAAGAAGAUGGUCAGUCAUGUCCUUUGUUGGAUUUGGAUCAUAGUCGAGGAAUAUCAUACUUUAAUAAUCAAGAAGUUGAUUUAAGAUCGUAUAUACUUCAUGAUAUUCAAGAUGGUUUCAUGGAUGAUAUGGAAAGCAGUGGAAUCAAUAAUAAUUUUUCGGAAUAUAGUUUUGAAACAAAUCGUGGGCGUAAUUACUCUUUUGAAAUAGCAUACUUAAAUUUUCCUGAAGUGUUCUAUAAAAAACAGAAACGAGAAAAAAACCGAUCCAUGCAACGAAUUGAUAAUGGAGAAAUUACCUUCUUACUUGAUUUCAAAACAGCUGAAGCUUUUAUUCCUGAAAUUCCAAAAGUUACAAUUAAAGUAAGACGUACUACAAAUGAGUAUUCUAAGGAAGUUCAAAUUGUAAAAGUAAAAUAUGAAGUAGUGCAAGCAACAAAGCUUUUAGUGACUUUGGAUUUGGAUUCAGUUUAUGAGGAUGAAUAUGGUUAUAAAGUUUAUGAAUUAGAGAAAUGUUUACACAGUGAUUUAAAGUUUCAUUUAAAAAUUGAAGUUCAAUUUGAUAAUAAUUAUAUUGUUACUCAAAAUACACGCAGUUUUACAUUAAAAGGAAAAAAAAGAUCUCGAAAUGAUGAAAAAAAACAAAAGUUGUCUUCGCAUGACCAUGGUUCAGCAUUGCGGAGUGAGGAAAUAAUGAGUUCAGAAACAUUGCGUAAUUCAUCCUCCUCUUCCAUUAGUUCUUUGUUUUCAAGAUUUCAAGACAAUGAAAAAGUAAUUGAAUGCAAAAAAUUGGUAACAAAGCACAUUGAAACUAAGUUCCUACAAGCAGAUCAAUUGAAAUUAGGAUGUGCAGUUUCCACAUCUAAUGGUGAUAUUGCAUAUCACUGGCCAUUAGAGAACCCAAAUGAGCAUUUUGAGGAAGGAGAAGUUGUUGGAUUUAUUGCAGAUGCAAACGGAAAGUAUGCUUUAACAAAAUUGUCUUUGCAGAAUUGUAAAGAAGCACUUUUGAAAGGUGUCAUAAGUCGUUCUUAUUAUUUUGAAGCACAGGUUCCAAAAGACGGCAGGCGCAGUGAAACAAUCUGUUUAAUGGGUGUUGUGCCUGUUCAAGUAAAAGGGUCAGUUUGCAUUAAUGAUGCUUUGUAUGCGUCUCCUAAUCAUCCUGGUUUUGCAGUUAGUGGUUACCAUCUUACAGAAAAAGAGCUUAGAGGAGCUUCACUUGUUGGAUAUGCUUUCUCAUCGCAAAAAGUAGAUAAUGAAUCUGAAGAAGGUAUGGUUCAAGCAGGUGUUUCUGUAUUAGAAUCGGUGAGUCAAUGUUUGCAUGAUUUGCGUCUUCAGAAAUUGAAAGAUGUCUUUGAAGAAAAACUUGAAGCAGUCAAGCAUGUUCAAAAAAAAUCUAAAAAUUGUACAUGUAUCUGUUUUGCAGUGACGAUAUUGGUGUUUGUAUUGUUUAGUGCACUGCUUUUACAAGUAUUUUUGCCAGGUUCAAAACUAAGAUAUGCUGUUUGUAGUUAUGGAUCAUUGAAAGGAAUUUCAAAGUUUUUUUUCAUGCGAAACAAUGGUUUUAUCAAUACAGACAAUGUUGUACGUGUUACAGGUAUCGAAUUUGACCUCCCAAAACUUAAAAAAAAAACAUCUAAAUUAAUGCACGAUAACGAAAAUGGAAAUAUGAAAGGUUUUCGUUAUUAUCUAAACGUAAAAAAGUGUGCAUUCUCUGGUAUCAGAGAAAAUGAAAAUUCAUUAAGUUAUGAUAUAUAUGGUCCUGAUGAGUUUGCUAUUGAUAAAAACUGCACCAAGGUUUACUACUACGAUGACAUACACAAUAUAUGGAAACCAUACACAAUUGCUGAUGUCUUGUUUUGCGAAUCCUAAAGACUUUUUAAUUUUAAGACAAUUAUAAACGUAUAAGAAUAUAUUUUUUAAUUUUUAAUAUAUACAUUUUAAGAUAAUUUCAUAUAAUUUUCAGAAAUUUUGGACUUUUAUUAAAUCAAUAGUAAUAUACAGCUUUUAAUACAUAUUUUUUAUUUAUAUAUGUACAUAUUUAUUUUUUUA